AUGGACUCUUCUAUAUGUGUAAAUUGCACCAUAAAAACUGAAGAAUCUGAUAUGCAACCAUUUCCUUAAGUCUAAUAAAUUAAGUUCGAGUAUACAGAUCUUUAUGUAAUUCCAGAGACCUCCAAACCAAAAUACCAAUAGGAAUAAUAACAAACAGAAACUUCAAAAAUAAUAUCAAGUUCUGAAUAAAGAAGAAUAUUGAAACAUAAGCGGUAACAAAAUUGA